UACGGGAUGCAGAUUGGCAGGGUCGUGUCCAGGGGUCGUGUUGGUCAGGCUUUUGGGCCCCCUGUUCCGAGCUUGUCCGCCAGGAACCUGGAUCACCUCGCGACCCGGUUGGUCAAGCAGCCAGAUACAAGCAUCGAUCCCACUACGAUUAUCCUGUCAAUCGCCUGAACGUGCCCGCUGUUGCGCCCCAGACGACCAGAGAAGACAAGACAAGAGGACAGAAGACGCAACGUGCCCAAGUGAAGAGCGAUAAUAAAUAGGCUUGCCAUCUAUCAAUCGUACCAAAAGCGACAAACCACGUACAUGACAGCAAUAUACGAACAAGACCCAUCAGAAAAGAACUGCGGUUUGAUAGGAUAAAUAGAUCUCGCGCCUUCGCGGGAACUGACCCCGGUUCAAUCAUGAUUGACCCGAAUAAUCUACGUACCGCGUCGCUGUAUAUCAACAACCAGCUCCUGUCGCGCGGCCUACUACGCGAUGGCCAGAGCAUCGACUUUGCCGACCCCGAGGGCAGCGACGGCGGCCUUCAAGAUGCCAUGGGCCGCAUCAUCGGCGUUGUAAAUGACCUAAUCUUGAGACGAGAUCGCGAUGCCGAACACCGCGAAUCCCUAUCUUCAACGCUUCGCACGCUGCGCACAGAUAUCCAGCGACAGACCACAGAGUAUGCCCGCCAAACAGAGAAGCUGGACGAUACCCAGCGGCGGUUAGAUACCGCCGAAGCUACGGAGCGUGCCCUGCGCGCCCAGCUAAAGACGGCUGAACAAGGGAUCCACAACCUAAAAGAUCAAGUGGCCAAGAUGAAAUCUGUCGUCGCGCAAACGCGCAACGCCUGUGCCAACGAGGUGCGGAAACGCGAUCGCCAUAUCGACAGUCUGAAGAAGGCUGUCACCGAUGCCGGAAGGGUGCGUGGUAGUGGCAAGAACCGCGACGUUAUCACUAUCAAUGUUACUGGCAGUGAUGGCAACGAAGAGGGCGAAGGGAUGGGGAUGCCUGUCGGUGCGACUGAAGAUGAAGGCUACAGUCUUCGCAUGGAGACGAACGGCUUUCUGACCGAGCUGGCCAAAGGGCUAAGCGAGGAGAACGAGGGCCUACUUACGCUUGUCCGGGACACUAUAAGUGGACUGCGCGAAAUGAGUGGGCUGGAUCGCAAUAUAUACCCUGGCGAUGAACAAAGCCAUGACAGUGUCCGCAACGAGUUCGUCACACAGCUGCCCCAGAAAUCUGCCGAGGAGCUUGCGACCGAAAUCCAAGCUAUCGUCGAACAUUUAAGAUCUAUCCUCACGAACCCUUCUUUCGUGCCGAUUGAGGAAGUCGAGGCCCGCGAUGAAGUUAUCGCCGGUUUGCGGGCGCGCUUGAAUACCACGUUAGCCAAGUGGAAGGACACCAUGCUUAUGAUAGAUGGUUGGCGUAGGCGGAUGGAAUCGAGUGGCAAAUCAUCAGUCGAUGUGGAAGAUCUACUGCUAAGCCUGAGUCCUGUGCGUGUCCGCGAUGCCGAAGAGACCGCGAAUGUACAGCCCAUGAGAUUGUCAUGCGUACAAGAAGAAGAAGAGGAGGAAGAGGAGGAGGAGGAGAUGAGUAAUCAAAACCAAAGGAGCCACGAUGAGACCUCAGAACCUCAACACUUCAGAUCUCGGAGCUCCGUUGAAUCGCUCCGCUUGGUACCUGCUCCUGCCUAUGAUGAGGAUCCUGACGACGAAUCAGACUCAGACUCCAGCAUCUUUCAAGACGAUCUCGAUGACGAUAUCGACAUAGAAGAGCCUAACGUGCAGAUUCUACAGACCUCGACUGCCGACUCCAUCGACUCCUCACCACUCCCGGAGCCUCCCAAGAUCAGCCCUCUGAAAGACUCGUACUCUUCCGGCAACAGGGGUGCGGUUCAUACCUCGCCGUACCACAAGCGACCUGGCGACUUCACAACCAUUGUCGAGGAAAACACUUGGGACCUCGCAGCGACAGGGGAGAAACAAGCACCUGCUUCCCCCAGCUACAAAUCGAAGGUAUCACCUCCACGAGUUGAUGACGACGGCAUGCCGAGCUAUACGGCUUCAUACGAUAGUCCUCUUUUCGGCAAGUCAGGCGAGAGGCCCACAGAAGCCGAUCUGAAUCGGAAAUUAUUCUCGAAGCCAUCUGAACCACGACCGCGAAGUACUGCUAUUGGUACGACGCUGAGUCAAAGGAACCAAAUAUCCCCGCCACAGGCCACGCAGACUACACGUGCGAAUGCGAAGAAAGUGUCCGAGAAGACCUCGCCCACAGCUGCUAUCCGCAGAGUCGUGGAUACAGACGAGGACAUUGCUCACUCUACUGCGCCUUCUACUAAUACAUCUACAUCUACAUCUAUUUCGACUUCUACCUCUACCACUACCACAUCUAAUCCCUCUACAACAACAACAACAACAACAACAAGUCAACGCAAGCGCCCCGCACAACAACAAAACCCAUCAUCUACCAAUUCUGAAGAACCAGACAAUAGAGACAGAGACAGCAACAAACACCCGCGUACCCGCUCCCCAACUCGCGCGCACCAAAACGCCGCCGUAUCCUCCCGUCUCCCGCGCCCGCACGCGCAGCAGCAGCACCAAAGCCCGCUGAACAUGGCCACCAUCGCCGCGAAACUCGCUGCGUCGGAGCGCGAGGCGGACGCGGCGCGCGUGCGCGCUAAAUUAAGGGCUGUGAGGCGAAAUAGGAGGAUCAGCGGUGCUGCGCCCGAGGGUGGUGAAUCUUCAUCUCCUCCGAAUGGACAACGACGGACGCAGGCACAGACCCAAGCGCAGAAAGAGAGUGUAGCACAACGCGCAGAGAACAGCGAUGGUGCCGAUAUACCUAUACCUAGGGAAAACGUCGACCCGGUGAAGAAAGACAAAGAUGUAGAAAUGAGUAUGGGUGUGGGUGUAGGCAUAGGUAUAAGGAAAGCGCCUAGACGCAGAUAUAGUCGUGCGACUGUGGGCGACGAUGUCGAUGAACUUGGGGACGACGAUUAUAAUCCCAGUCGGAAUGAUGCGCGGACGGGAGAAGGUGAGGAAGGAGAAGAGGGAAUGGAUGGGGACAAGGGACCGGCUUUAAGCGUCGCCAAAAACCGCAGGAACCGCGCCGCCGUGCGCGCGGGGAAAGUCGCCUCUAGGAGAAGGAGUACGCUCUCGCCUUGGGAAUUGCAGGGCUUGAUCUCGGGGAGUGUGGAGAGUCCAAGGAGGUGAGGGAGGGGAUGUUGGAGGGCGCUUAUUUCGUGCUUUGGUGUGAAGGGAGGUUUAGAGGGCGUGGAGUUGGUUCGUUGGUUGGGGUGGUUAAAAUGGGAUGGGAUGGAUGGGAUGGGUUGAUAUGAAAACGAGCCAGUAGUGGA